AGAGUAUCGUCUUAUGCACUUGAUAAAGUACACGAUCUCCUCUGCGAACAAACUAGCCCUAGGUUAAAAUUGGACAACGAGAUUUCAUCAUAUUCAGAAAGUUUGCCAGUGGAACUUUUUAAUUCUUCAUGGGAAAGAGAAAGGAGCGUAGACUGGCGGCGAAGACUGCAGUUAAUAGAAGAGUAAAACUCGAUCUUAUAGCGGAACCCUCUGGAGAUUUUGGUGAUUCGUCCAACAAAGAAGACGUUGAAGGUGGCGGCAAUUCAAAAAAUCAUGCUGGUUCACCCAAUUCACCAUCUUCUUCAGGUGGGUUCCAUCAAUUUUUCUCCACGGACUGAUCUUUGUAGAGGGCGUCAUUGUAUUGGUUGAUGUUUACUUUAAGCAAGCCAUGUUUGCUCUCCCAAGAUAUUCCUUUCAGAAUGUUAGGUGGCUGUGGUAUUGGGAACUCAAUUGGUCAUCUGAGCCUGUUCAACUUUGCCACAGUGUUUCUUUGAUUGAAAUUCCUCACAUGUUACUACGACAUUUCAACAAGACUUGUGGUUCGUCAAAAGCCAGAAAAUCCUCUUUUGUUGCUUGGACAAUAUAGCGAUGAGGAAUUGGAGGAAGAAUCUGGUAAAGAAAUCAGCCAUGAUACUAGAGAGAAUUCACCAGCCGAGCUUGAUGAACAGGUAAAGGCAGACAGUCAUGAGGGUACAGAAGUAGAUAAAGAUGAAAAUAUUACUUCUGAAAAACCUGAUCAAGAGAACAAAGAGCACUCUUCUUCAUUGGAUGUGGAAGAAAAUGGUGUUGUUGAAGAUGAUAUGGUUUUGCCAUCACACAAAGACAUGGAUGAAGUGGAGCAGACAACUGUGUCAUGGACAUCCGACACACAAACAGAAAAUACGGAUUCAGGAUGGAAAAUGGUGUUGCAUGAGGAGAGUAAUUCAUAUUAUUACUGGAACAUUGCGACUGGUCAAACUUCUUGGGAAGUCCCUGUUGACCUGGUUCAAGGGAAUGAACCAGCCUAUGAUCCUCAAUCUGUUACAGAAGUUGAAGAGAUGAAUGUAACUUCUGAUGAUACACAACCAAAUGAUGGGCCCACAAAAUCUUUGGUUUUUGAGGCCACUGACAAUGACAGUUGUAGGCCAGAAUUACAAGUGCAGAAUGAAAACCAUACAGAUAUCAUGACCAUGUCAAAUGAUGUGGCCGAGGGUAAUUAUGUCAAUGCAAUAGAUGGUUUGAAUAACGGGGAAGCCCACCAUACUGAUUCUUUACGUCUUUUGCAACUUGGUGAAAGUUUAUCGGAGAGAUUAAAAUCCUUGGAAGGGGAAAGGGAAGAGAUAUCAAAGUUGAUGAUUGAACUUGAUGUAAGGCUUGCAGACAUUAAGUCAUUAGUACCUUACGGAUCAUCAUUGCUUCCUUUUUGGCUUCAUUCUGAAAAUCAUUUGAGAAAACUAGAAUCCGCCAUCAACAAUGAGAUUCUAGAACAUUCUCAAUCACCAAAUGAGGCAGAAAAGAAGGUAGAAGAGAACAUGAAUGAAGCAACUGCAAGUGAAAAAGAAGAAGAAAAUGAAAAUGAAAAUGAAAAUGCAAUUCCUCAAGCAGAUACAGAUGACGACAUGGAUGUUGAAAUGGAGGUUGAAGAUGAACCAGUCGUCCAAAACAGGCCCCAAUCUGAAGAAGAAUCUGAGAUUCCACCACCACCGAAUGACGAAUGGGUCCCGCCUCCACCACCGGAUGAUGAACCGUUACCUCCACCACCGCCAGAUGAACAACCCGAAGCCACAUUCCCUACACCACAAGCUUACUCAUACGGAGGAGAAGGGGAACAAUAUGCACAUUUUGCAUAUGGGGGUCCCGGUCCCACUUUUGAAUACUAUGGUCAACAAGUUGUGGCAAAUCAUGAUUAUUAUGUAGAUGCGAAUGGAGCACCCCUCACAACCCUUUAUUAUGCACCAGUGGCUAACCCCCCAUAUCCAGGUGGAGGUGGCACUGACCCUGGAGAACAUGUGGCAUAUUACACCAUACAAGAAGGGUCUGUACCAAUUCAGCCAGUGAUUGGCAGUGAUCCAGCAACUUCUGCUGUAUCUGCUCCAACAGAACCAUCAGUUCCUAAGGUUCAACCUAAAGUUGUGCGAAAUAAAAAACGAACGGUUGCUGCAGUCCCUGGUUUAAGAUCCAAUAAGAAAGUUUCAGGUUUGGUGGAUAAGUGGAAAGCUGUUAAAGAGGAAUUACACGAAGAGGAGGAACCUGAAAAUGCUUUAGAAGCUUUAGAGAAGAAAAAGCAACGAGGGAUUGAGCAAUGGCGUGCACAGCAGAUUGCAACUGGAGAAGCCAAAGACAAUGCUAACUUUCAGCCUCUUGGUGGUGACUGGCGAGAGAGAGUUAGAAGGAAGAGAGCUAAAAAGUCGAUGGAAGCUGAAGAUAAGGAAGCCAAGGGCACGGGCACUGUUGAUACAAACCAAAAACCUGAUCUUCUUCAACUUACAAAACAACUUCCAUCCCCUUGGCAGGCAUAUUGGGAUGAAGCAUCGAAGCAAGUUUAUUAUGGGAACUCAAAAACAUCAGAGACUUCAUGGACCAAACCUCAACCCUAAUUCCUAAACUUAAUUUUUCAUUUUUCAUUUUUCAUUUUUCACGCAGCAGCUAACAAUACUAUUAUUAUGCACUGCACU